AUGGGAAAAUCUCAUACCCAUGACAGUUGGGUUCCUGAAUCUGAACUGUAUGGGACAGCAACUAUGAACGUCUGUAACGAACGGUUGAUUGUUGUUCGGUCCACUGAAGAUGGUUCAACUGAAGCGUUUGUAAAAUGGACAGAUGUACCUUAUGACAGAUGCACUUGGGAAAAAGUGGAUGAUUUGUACUUGAAAACUCACCGCAUUUGGUUGAUUUGUUCUAUCACUUUGAACGCAAAGCCGUGCAAAAUGAUGCGGCUAAACAUGACGCACUGCAGAGGAAGGGUGACUUCCAAGAAAGUGAGUUUUGGUUCCUUUAUCCACAAUGCCCAACUGGAUGGCAGAGUUCGAAUAGUGGACUCCUACCUCAAUAUCGUGGAAUAUCAUGGAAGUGCAAGGGCUAGAACCAUGAUUUGUCAAUACGAAUGGAAUUCCAGUAAUCCUUGUUCGGUAAGUAAGAAAACACCUGCUUACAAGUUCAAUGUUCUAACUACUUACGAAAUGGUCAUCGCGGACUCAUUUUAUCUCCGUGGAGUUCUUUGGGAAGUUCUUGUGGUUGAUGAGGGGCAUCAUUUGAAAAAUGCAAGCAGUGUACUUUUUGGGUUGCUAAAUACAUGUUCAUUCCAACAUCGUGUAUUGUUGACUGGCACUCCUCUUCAGAACAACAUAGGGGAGCUGUAUAAUCUGCUGAACUUUUUGCAGCCAGCGUCAUUUUGUUCUCUCUCUUCAUUUGGGAGAAGUUUAAUGAUCUGA